GCCAUGUUGCUUCCGGUUUCCGCCGAGGUCGGGCGCUAGUGUUUGUGGCCCUAGGUUCUCCUUUUGGUGAAAGCUUCACAGAGGCUGACGUCCGGCACCAAGCUGUGAUUGCACAGUCCUCUCAUGUCUGAAAGAGCUAGGACAAUGGACACAUCUGAGAGGAGUGAGUCCAUCAUGGCAGUGGUGGCAGGUUGGAGUGGCUCCGUCAGUGGAGGUGUGAAGAGGAGCGGCUGUUCACACCAUGGCAGACCUGGAACCUGAGAGAGAAGUGGGAAGGAACCAGGGGCAGGGCUUGGUGUCAUUUGAGGAUGUCUCUGUGGACUUCACCUGGGAGGAGUGGCAGGACCUGGAUGAUGCUCAGAGGAAGCUCUACAGGGAUGUGAUGCUGGAGACCUACAGGAGCCUGGAGUCCUUGAACCAGUGUGAUCCCAAACCUGAGUUGAUCCUGAAGUUGGAACAAGAAGCUGAACCAUGGAAGGAAGAAGAUGUCCCAAACCAGAGCCUCCCAGAUAUGCAACAUGCGAAUGAGAUCAACCAAGACUAUCAAAAUGUACAUGGAUGCAAUCUGGUCAUUCUUUACUGCAUACCAAAGAAGACACAUGGGAACAUCUCCAUGAAUGUUGUUUAUGUGCAGAAAACACACACUCAAGACACACCUCUGUGUCCACCUGAAAACUCAAAACUGAGAAACUCUCUGACUGUAACGACUGUAGGAAAUAUUUCAACCAUAAGCCAUCUGUUGCUGUACAUGAAAGAAGUCACAUAGGUGAGUAUAAUGUAAGCAGAGAACCCUUUAAGGGAUGCCGAGUCUCUUUGCAUUAGACAUGCACUACUGAGGAAUCUAUACAGAAAUGCCUUUUUCAAUAGACAGACCUCUCUAAACAUCAGUGACUCUGGUCGGAAGCAUAUGAGUAAUGUAUGUGGGAAACCCUUUUGCUGGAUGUCAAACCUUCACUCAUACAGAUGUAAUCAUUGUAUGCAUCUGGAAGAGCCACAUAGUCUAAAGCAGACCUCAGGAAACAUUUGAAUUAGCACAGAGGAGACCUUGUAAACAUAAUAUGUGGGCAGUGUUUCUAAGAAGUCACUCAGCGGGAAGUCAUCCCACAAAGUCCUUAAGUCCAGGAAGCAGAGUACCAUGUGCUCCCCAAGAUUUAUUUUCUUUGCUGCACUCAUCAGCCUGUGUUUUGCAGUCCAUUUUUGUUUGUGGGACCUUGUGCUAAUCUCUUUAGUAGAAUGUAAAUGCAUGUAUCCCACUAACCCCCCAAAUCUUAACAAACUCCACCUGGGAGCCCAUCCAUAGUUGGCCUGAAAUGCAAAUAACCUCCAGCGUGUUUAGGAGCCAUGAAUAGAAGGGCACUGUGGCUCAGAAUUGUUCUGUCCAGAGAGCUAUGAUCCUCCUGCAUGUUUCUACCAUCUCUAGUGUAUGGAAAGGAGAUCUGCAGAAUCUGUAAUAGUGCAGAGCUACAGCCAUUAGUUCACUCUAAGACGUGGUGAGACAGACAGAUUGUCUUUAGAAAACUAUCAGGAGAGAGAUCCUGUGGCCACUCUUCAUUCCCAUGCUGCCUUGUUGGGAAGAAGAAAUCCUGAUAAAAUUCCCAGAGAUACUGAGUGUGUUUCUGGUAGGGAUCUUCCAUUAAACAGAUCAUUGAAUGCACAUUGCUUUUAUGUGUGAAACCUUUCAAUAAAAUUUCCAGUCAAGUUUCGACCAAGGAAAAUUAUCAUUAUGGAAUCUAUACAUUAAUUUUGGGGGGGCAAGAAAUGUUAAAUCUCAUAUUCCAGUUGUUUUUCAAAAUCUGCGUGCCAGGAGAUGAAUAUUGGUAAUGCCUAUCAGUGGACAGCUGCCUGUCUGGGGACAUUUGUGAUGUUUUAACUAGAGUUUGGGAGAGGCCAGUGGCACAUACAGGGAUGUAGCUGAACAGCCUACAGUAUAUUGGAUAGUACACUCAUGUAUGUAUGGUUCAUGGAUAUGAGUGUUCUAUGAUGAGAAUAAGCAAAAGAGACUCUCCGUGUUUCGUGUAAUAUGUGUUGCAAUGUACAUUAAUUGAUGUAAUACAUGUUGCAACGUACAUUGAUAUUUCCCACAUUUGAUGUCAUUCUGGCCUCUUUACAUCUUCCUAGCCUCAGACAUUGUAUUAUAUACUUUCGUAGUCGUGUGUCAUCUAAGUGUGUGUGACAGUUGUUACUGGCUCAAGUAAAUAAAGGUAUUCUUUUCCUAACCUU